UCUCAAGUAAAAGCAAAGAGUAAAGGCUGCUGGGAAGUAGCACUGUAGCAGUGAGUGCCGCUUCCACUGCUUUCUAUGAUAGAAGUAAAAUAUUGGUGUAUAUAUAUAUUUAUUAAUAUUUUACAUCUGUAUUUGCGUGUGGGUGAUUUGAUUCGCUUCGAUAUAUAGUGAAAAGGAAGAAGAAAGAAUUGUCGAUCUCUGUGUAACGGUUACUUUGAGCUUGUUGUUGAAGAAGUGAAGAUUUGAGAUUAAGGGAAAAAAGGAGUGCGAUUUGAUUCAGUUUUUGAAGGGAAGCAGAAGAAAAUGGAUUACAGCUACGAUCGGGAGCCCUGGAAUUGGCAUGACGAGAAUUAUGGUGUUCAAAAGAACAACGAUUUUGGUGCCUCCCAAGGUGCAUGGACUCAAGUAACCUUGAACGAGGAAGACCUUUCCUACAUGUUUGAUGAAACAACCCCUGUUAAGGAAUGUGGGGAUCUGUCAUACCGUGUUACUCAUAAUGACAAUGUGAGUAAGGAAUCAGAGGAUAUUAGGGAGACUGCUUCUCAAUUUAAAAGACGUAGAAUGCUCCUAUUCGACACUCAUGCAUCAGAUUCUUCCCUUGUGUGUGACGAGAUGCCAUCCGCUUUCCUGAAAUCAAGGGAAAGGGAUAAUUUCAUUGAAGAGGUCUUACCUAAUGCAUCUGAGUGGGUUGCUGGAUUUUCAGAAGAUGCAUCAGCCUCCGGUUAUGAUGGCCUACAUCAGUCAUGUGAAGGUUGGCUUGCUGAAUAUUUUAAUGAUGCAGAUAUGCUUCUGAGCUCUGAUGAUAUGAAUCUUGCCGGUGCAUCUGAUGUUCAAGUUGAUACUUCAGGGUUCUGCCAUGACCAACCUGACUCUGGGUCUGAUGCUAUUCGAAAGCAGGAAACUCGAACUAUCGGAAAUGUUGUUCUCAAAGGCCGGAAAUCUUUCAUUCGGAUGCCCCCCACGGUAGCAUCAGCUGUUGCAUACCCAUUUGCUUUCAUUAAACCCUGUGGUUUCCACGGAGAUGUUACGUUGAAGGACAUAAACCAGCGAAUCCAAACUCCACCACCAGCAAAACCAAAACAAAGCAAUGAAGAUCAUGCUGAUGCUUUCCCUACUUCUGCUUUCUCCGGGAAGCCUGUUGUUGGCAAAACUAAAAUUCGUACCGAAGGAGGAAAAGGCAGCAUCACAAUUAUGAGAACCAAAGGCUGAGUAGCUAUAAAUGAUACGACAUUCGAGAUCGACUUAUUUUCUUUCGGUUUCGGAAUAGACUUAAUCAACGCUUUAACCAGUAGAAUUUUUGUAUUCACAUAGUAUAUCGAUGUAUAAAAUGGUCACUGGCGUCAAGUUUUAUGUUGUCCCACAUCUUCUGCUAAUGCAUGUCUGCUGAGCUUUAGUUGGACUCAACAGAACAUUAGUUUUCUGACCGAUAAUCAACCGUCGUCCUCGGAACUUAACCCACCUAC